AUGGCGCCCGCCCUCGCCGCAACCCCCCUGGCUCCAGCGCCGGCCGUGCCCGCGCCGCGCGGGCCUCGCGCCCCGCCGCCCGGCUGCCUCCCGGCCGUCCGCGCCACGCCGUCGGAGACACCAUCCGGGGCGCGCAGCAUGCCUCUGGACGCGGCCUUGACGCCGCCGCUCGCGCUGCAUACAACCGUAUCGGAAUGGCUUGCGCCGCUGUCACCGACGCCCGCCCUCGUCGUCCCGUCCACGCUCGGUCGUGCGCUGCGCCGCACACCCCAGGCUACGGCUUCCACGCCGGCUACCCCGGCCGCACCCCACGCCCGGCUGCCCUGCUUCAGCGUCACGCCCCACGCCCAGCGCACCCGCACGCCGUCGCCGCAUGGCCGCGCCGGCCGUGCCACGGCCUCCGCGCCGUCGGCCGCGCCCCUCGCCCGGCCUCCACCAUCGAUCGCCACUCGGGCCGUCGAUCUGGGGCGUGGGCUCCGGUGCGCCUCGUCCUCAUCACCGCCCCGCCGCUCGGAGCUUGUCAAGGCCCCGCCGCCGCUGGCGACAACCGCGGGCUCGAGCAGCCGCGCGGAGCGGCACUUCAGCCACCUCUUCAGGCACUCCGUGGCCGCCAUCGACCGCUACCCUGGUCGCCUGCGCCGGUGA